AUGAGUGCCCAGGACGAGGAUCACGACGAGUUGGUCUAUCACGUUCCCAAGCAGAAGAAGCCCCCAGCUGGCCUGGACAAGAUGGGAUCCGCGAUUUCAGUGUGGCCACCACUGGGCCAGGUCACCCAGGUUCAAAGGGGCAACGUCGGAUUCAUCGCACUUCUCGAGGUCCCGACCGACCAGGCCAACCAGCCGUGGGAGGUUGCCCUCUGGCAUUCGGCUGGAGGGGACUGGAAUGAGACCAUACUGUCCCCAGCUGAGAGACCGCCUUCCACGUUGCAGGCGGCUAACGACUCAGUCUCUCGUGCCUGGUUCCAAGGCGUCAUUCCCGUCAAGACCCUCCUCAAUUUCACCGUCAAGUAUCGUUCGGGGUCGGAGCAAGAAUGGCGUUGGAUUCGGGACGAGCAUGGUGUGGGUGACGGCACUGUCAUACUCAACAGCAACCAGAUCACCGAAGCUCUUUCGGACGACUUUAACAACAUCCUGAAGGGCUACGAUCCCAGCAUCACCGUCAAGCCCUGCCAAUCCCAGUGCCCUGGGACUCGUCUCUGGGCUCUGGAGGCCAGUGUGGGAGCCGCGAAGGGGGAGGACUCCACCUUCACUGAUUUCAACCUGGGCUUGCCAUGGGGAGGAUUCCUCCGUUGGUUUUCCCUGAUCCGCAUUUGGGCACCGUGGCUCGCACCGAGGCAUGGGAAGACCAAGUUCGAACUUGACAAGGAUGCCGUCCUCUCAGCAUUUGUCAGCCCCGAGGGCCAGCACCUCGUCCUGCUGGCUGUCAGUGGCAUCAAUGAUGUGAUGGCUUUGUUCCGCAGCGACGACUCAGGGAAUGUCCAGCUCCACUUGCGGAAUGAUGGCGAGAAGGCUGAGAGUACGCUUGUUCUGGCUGCGGUCGGUCAUAACUUCGAAAGUGCGAAUGCGGCCGUCAUGUAUCACGCCCGACAGGCCGUUGCUACAAGCAAGAGGCUAACCGGAGAGCUCGAACAAGAGAUGAAGGCUCUUCAAGACGGUGUGAAACCAGAGUGGAUGGAGAACUGGUACGAUGGCCUCGGAUUCUGCACCUGGAACGCACUUGGCCAAAGACUCACGGAUGAGAAAGUUCUCAAUGCGGUCGAUGAGUUGACCAAACAUAACAUCAAGGUUACGAGUUUGAUCAUAGAUGACAACUGGCAGAACAUAGACUAUCGCGGCGAAGGCCAAUUCCAAUACGGUUGGAACGACUUUGAAGCCGAGCCGAAGGCAUUUCCCAAUGGCCUCAAGGAUGUGGUCACGAAAAUCAGGUCUAAACACCCACACAUUCAACAUGUCGCCGUUUGGCACGCUCUACUCGGAUACUGGGCAGGACUAAGUCCUGACGGGGACAUUGCUAAGAGAUACAAGACCGAGGAAGUCGUACGCGAGGAUCAAAACCGCAGGUGGCUCCCUCUAGGAGGCAAGAUGACGGUUGUCAGCAAGGACGACGUCCACAAGUUCUACAAUGACUUCUACAAGUUCCUCUCUGAUUCUGGUAUCGACGGGGUGAAGACCGACGCCCAGUUCAUGACAGACACGUGGGUCUCUGCUAAAGCCCGUCGAGAGCUCAUCACGGAGUACCUGGACGCGUGGACAAUCUCAUCCCUUCGGCAUUUCAGCAUCAAGUCGAUCAGCUGCAUGUCCCAGACACCAGAGAUCCUGUUCUAUUCCCAGUUGCCUCGGAACAGGCCCACGAUCCUGUGCAGAAACUCAGACGAUUUCUUCCCGGAGAUCCCAUCCUCACACCCCUGGCACAUUUGGACCAAUGCACACAAUAGUCUGUUCACACAGCAUCUGAACAUCCUGCCUGACUGGGACAUGUUCCAGACCGUGCAUGAUUACUCAGGCCUCCACGCUGCAGCUCGUUGCGUCAGUGGAGGCCCGAUCUACAUCACGGAUGUGCCCGGCCAGCACAACAUCGAUCUAAUCAACCAAAUGACCGGCAUCACCCCACGUGGGAAGACAGUCAUCUUCAGACCUAAUGUUCUAGGUCGGAGCAUCGACCAAUAUGUUGGCUACCACGAUGACUCCCUGCUGAAGGUUGGCUGCUACCACGGGAGAGCAGUCACAGGCACGCCUAUCCUCGGCGUUUUCAACAUCUCUGCUCGUAAACUCACGGAUAUCAUCCCCCUUGACAGGUUCUCAGGGGUUCUGCCGUCGUUGCGCUAUAUCGUCCGGGCUCACACCACCGGGCUCAUCACCACACCUGUCCAGACCAGCCACCCGAGCUCGAAGCUCACGGUCUCGCUCGAUGUCAGGGGCUACGAGAUCUUCACUGCCUACGCACUAUCUCCGUUCGAAAGUGACAGUUUAGGCCGUGUCCAGGUGGCCAAUCUGGGUCUGAUCGAGAAGAUGACUGGUGCCGCAGCUAUUGUGUCGAGCGAGUCGGAUUACUUGGAGAACGGGAGGGUACUGGUCGACACUCGCCUGAAAGCCCUGGGUGUUCUAGGUAUCUACAUCUCCAAGCUGCCGGAGAUGAGUCUGGAGACCGAUUUCAUGGCCACGAUCCAAGGGCAGGUGAUUCCUCCUCACACCGUAUCCGUCAACAAGACUUCCAGCUCUAUCCUCGAGAUCGACGUUGAGAAGGCUUGGACAGAGUUGGACUUGAAGCCGGGCUGGAGCAACGAAGUUGAGGUGAAGGUCUAUUUUGACAUUGAAGAGUGA